AUGUCUAGGCGGGAAGCGGGCGCCAACGCUUCCCCUGGGGUCGCGGCUUCUCGACAAAGCCCCUCUAGGUGCCCCGCCCAGGAGAGGAGGCCGGCGGAUAGCCCGACUGGACGAGGUCGGAGAGGGAGUCGGGGCGGCAGUAGGGGCGGCUGGAGGGAGCCCGCCGGCGCGCCGGAGACCGUGGCCGGUGGCCGCGGGGAACCGCCGCUCUGCUUCGCGGUGAAGAGCGACCUGGUGGGCGCGGUGGUCGGUCGUGCUGGAUCAAAUGUAAGAGAAAUCCAGCGUACAACAAAUACCAAAAUACAGAUACUAAAAGGAAAUUCUGAGGCAGAAGUCAAAAUUUUUGGCAACAAAGCAAUGCAGGCAAAAGCAAAAGCAAUGAUAGAUAGUUUUCUUAAAGAACAAGAGAAUUACGCUCCAGAAUACAGAGUUGAUAUUGUUGCAUUCCGACCUGUUGAAAGAGAUGGAAGCUCAAAUCACAGUGUCACAGAAGACCAGCCACUGAUCAAUUGGGAUAAAAUUCGAGAAGAUGCUUCAAAAUGGGAAAAGAGAAAGUGGGCAGAUUUACCUCCAAUUAAGAAAAACUUCUAUGUAGAGUCGGCAGCAACAAGGGCAAUGUCACAAGUGCAAGCAGACAACUGGAGGAAGGAAAAUUUUAACAUAAUGUGCGAUGACUUGAAGGCUGGUGAGAAGCGGCCCAUCCCCAACCCAACCUGUAAAUUCGAGGAUGCCUUCCAGUGUUUCCCUGAAGUUAUGAGAAGCAUUAAGAGGGCAGGUUUUCAGAAGCCAACCCCGAUCCAGUCACAAGUAUGGCCAAUAGUGCUGCAAGGAAUAGAUCUUAUUGGAGUAGCGCAAACUGGGACUGGGAAGACACUGUCCUAUUUGAUGCCUGGAUUUAUUCAUCUAAACUCUCAACCAGUAGCCACAGAAAGGAGGCGUGGACCCGGCAUGUUAGUCCUCACACCUACUCGGGAGUUGGCGCUUCAGGUGCAAGCUGAGUGUUCUAAGUACUCCUAUAAAGGCCUUCGGAGCAUCUGCAUAUAUGGUGGUGGAGACAGAAGUGGACAAAUACAAGAUAUCUCCAAAGGCAUAGACAUCAUCAUUGCCACUCCGGGAAGGCUGAAUGACCUCCAGAUGAAUAACUUCGUCUGCCUGAGAAGCGUGACCUACCUGGUUUUAGAUGAAGCAGACAAGAUGCUGGACAUGGGAUUUGAGCCCCAAAUAACGAAGAUCUUGUUAGAUGUGCGCCCAGACCGACAGACAAUUAUGACGAGUGCUACCUGGCCGUGUGCUGUCCGUCGACUUGCACAAUCUUAUUUGAAAGACCCAAUGAUUGUGUAUGUUGGUACUUUGGAUCUAGUUGCUGUGAGCACCGUGAAGCAGGACAUCAUCGUCACCACCGAGGAGGAGAAGCGCGGCCACAUCCAGACGUUCCUGGAGAACAUGGCCCCGAAGGACAAGGUCAUCGUCUUCGUGAGCAGAAAGGCCGUUGCUGAUCAUUUAUCAAGUGACCUGAUUCUUCGACAAAUAUCAGUAGAAUCUUUGCAUGGCAAUAGAGAGCAGAGCGAUCGAGAAAAGGCUUUAGAGAACUUUAAAAAAGGCAAAGUGCGAAUACUCAUUGCCACUGACUUGGCAUCUCGCGGUCUUGAUGUCCACGACAUUACGCACGUCUAUAAUUACGAUUUUCCACGGAACAUUGAAGAAUACGUGCACAGAGUGGGGCGCACUGGAAGAGCGGGGAGGACCGGCAUGUCAAUUACCCUCAUCACAAGAAAUGAUUGGAGAAUUGCCACUGAGCUGAUUAAUAUUCUGAAAAGAGCAAAUCAGAGCAUUCCAGAGGAGCUGGUCUCAAUGGCUGAGAGAUACAGAGCAAAUAAACUGAAACGAGAAGUGGGAAGAAAAAUAGGAAGAUUUCCAGGAAAGCCCCAGAAGUUUUAG